AUGUCGUCCAAUUUUCUAAGCCGUUAUAUCCGUCUUAGAGCGCCCCGCUUGCGCCUUUUCAACGGCUGUAGUCCGACAGAAAUCACCAUUAGCAACUGCUUCGGUGAGGAUGAGCUGAGCCCGUCAGCGCCGCGUGACACUCGAAACCCGACCAUUGGCAAGUCACUGCCCAACUACUCUACUUGCAUCCUCGAUGAGAACUUGAAGCCAGUUGCAGUCGGAUUUCCAGGAGAGAUUUGCGUAAGUGGUCUUGUCGUGGCCCAGGGAUUCGUCGAUCGCGAUGAGCUCACCACUGCAAAAUUCCCGCCUGAUCCUUAUGGCCCUGGACGCUUGUAUCGAACGGGAGACAAGGCCAGUUUCUUCCUGAUGGCUGCUUCGUCUUCCUUGGCCGUAUCGCCGAAGGGGGCAGGACUCGUCUGA